GCGGAAGCUGGAGUCCCGGGUGUGUAAUUGUGCCUGGAAGGGAAUGGGUGUUUGAAAGCGGGUGGGCAGCGAAGUGAACGUGCGGGUCUAUGGAGGAGGACGCAUAGUGUGAGCAGGGGCUUUGGCAGCUAAGGGAUGCCCAAAAAGUUUCAAGGUGAAAACACCAAGUCUGCUGUUGCCCGUGCCAGAAAGGCUGAGGCAAAGGCUGCAGCUGAUGCAAAGCGCCAGCAGCAACUGGAGGAUGCGUUUUGGCAGGAUGACAACAAACAUGUCCAGCGGAAAGAGCAAAGGAAGGAAGAAAAGGAAAAACGUCGCCUAGAGCAGUUAGAGAGAAAGAAGGAGAGCCAACGCUUGCUAGAGGAAGAGGAUUCUAAAUUGAAGAAUAGACCAGCAAAACCUCCACCCACAAAAGUAACUCGGGCACAGAUAGACGAAACGCUGCAGAGAGAAAAUGUUCCAAAUGCCACUGUUGAAAAGCCGAAGACACACCUAGAGAUGCCAUUGGAAGAAAAUAUAAACCGUCGUUUGCUAGAGGAAGGAGAGGUUGAAGCGCGUUCUGUAGAAGAAGCCAUAGCUGCUCUAAGUGUCAGCAAGGAACUUGACCGUCAUCCUGAAAGACGAAUGAAAGCUGCCUUCACAGCAUAUGAAGAACUAAAUCUUCCACGCCUAAAACAGGAGAAUCCAAACAUGAGGCUUUCCCAAUUAAAGCAACUAUUGAAAAAGGAAUGGAUGAAAUCUCCUGAAAAUCCCAUGAACCAGAGGCAUGCUGUCUACAAUGCUAACUAACCAAUUGUAAUACAGAUUUAUAUCUCGGAGAUGAGACAGUAGCAGGGCAUACUUUACAGAAAGCCAAGAGUACGUGUAGGACAUCUAGAAUGUAUAUUGGUUGUCUGACCUUGCGGGGGAGGGAGGGGGUACUGAAAAGCGGCAGUUAUUUGUUUUAUCCAUACCAUCUGAGGGUAAGGAUUUAACAGUCCAAAACACUGCAUGUGCCAAAGCCUGGCUGAUGGCUAAAAACGAAGAACUUUGGAAUAACAUUUUUUUAUUUUGUGAUGUGGCAUUUGUAUAAGUUAAAAACUCAAUUAGAGAUUCUCCAUGAAAAAUAAAUGUGUGGUGACUUGCAUUAUUUAACUGCCA